AUGUCACCACCUGGUAAAUCAGAAUCCGGGCUUGCCCGUUUAAUAGGUUCAGGUACUUCAGGGAUAUUAGAAUUAUUUUUAUUUCACCCUGUCGAUACGGUAGCCAAACGGCUAAUGACCAAUCCUACCAAGAACUCUGCUUCUGCUUCAACAUUGAAAAAAUACACAUCAUUAUUCCCUGGUUUAGGAUAUGCUGGAGGAUAUAAAGUCCUUCAACGUAUUUAUAAAUAUGGAGGUCAACCUUAUGUAAAAGAUUACAUUAAUACUCAUCAUAAAAGUACUUUUUAUAGUAUAUUUGGUGAGAAAAGUGGUAAAACUAUAAUACACGCUACAGCUGGAAGUUUAAUCGGUAUUGGUGAAGUGGCACUUCUUCCAUUAGACGUUUUGAAAAUCAAACGCCAAACUGCUCCUGAAACUUUGAGAGGACGUAACAUCUUUAAAAUCUUUUGGGACGAAGGAUUAGGACUUUAUAGAGGUGGUCUCUGGACGGCUGCGCGUAAUGCUCCUGGCAGUUUUGCUCUGUUUGGAGGAUCUGCUGUCGUAAAAGAAUAUAUAUUUGGAUUAAAUGAUUAUUCCAAAGCAACAUUUUUCCAAAAUUUCUGUGCUUCAAUUGGUGGGGCUACCGCCUCUAUUUCUGUGGCUCAACCACUUGAUGUGGUAAAAACCCGUAUUCAAAAUAGACCUUUUGAUGCACCCGAAGGUGGUGUACAAAUUAUUAAGAAUAUGAUUAAAAAAGAAGGUCCUUCAUCGUUUUUUAAGGGUAUAACACCCAAGUUAAUAGUAGUUGGACCUAAAUUGGUAUUCUCUUUCACCGUGGCUCAACAAUUGAUUCCUAUAUUAGAUAGAUUCAUCUCUCAAAGAUCUUCUCAAUCAGCUCAGUCUCUUGCUGCCAAAGGAUUAUAA